CUAAAAGCCGGUAUUCUCAGUGGUGUUUCGUGUGUUAAGAAAACGUUUCGUUUCAGUAGGAUGGCACUUCCCCGACGAGAGCUCUCAAAGACGACCGCCUUCUAACCUGCGUCUUGUCGGACAUCCACAUUGCGCACUGAGGGUUUCGAAACACGCGUUUAGAAGCCGCGAUAGUUUGAACAGAGCUGCACUCUACAGCAUGGCUGCUUCAGAGACACCGACCCGAAACAGAUUCAAGAUGCAGGCGAGGCGAUCCCGACCCAGUCUUUCUGGGGCCCAUCGUCCGUUCUGCUCACCGAUGAAGGCCGCACCUGUGAGCAGUGAAAGUGUUCAGGACUUGCAGAAGAAGCUGGCGGGUCUCCGCAAAAGGAGUCACCUCUUGGACGAGGAGAUUGAACAGCUCAAAGCAGAGGGCUGCACCAUAGAAGAGCUUCCUUGGCACAUGGAGCAGCUGCACACUUACAACCGGAUCAAGGACGUUGCUCAUCAAGUUAUUGGCAGCCUGGCGGUCCUCGAAGGAGUCACCAUAAAGGACAAGCAGGAGCAUUACGGGCUGCCCACCACUGAACCCACUAGUGUGCCACCACACACCUGACUGUCUUGGUUGAUUUGACAAAUUGUUUUUAUAUAAGUGUGUGGAGGAUACAGCGCAGUGAUCAAAUCUCAACCCUAAUGCAUCUUAUUUGAUAUUCUAUUGGAAAAGUAGUCCACUGCUGGAUUCCUUCUUGUUUAGCUUUCCCGAGUUGGAAAGUGCUUAACACAUUUGCUUUUUCAAGCAAGCUGAGUGAAAACACUGUUCAAUAAACGUGCCUGCGUGUUUUACUUGC